GAGUACAGCGGACUUUUCGAUGCAGCCUGGCCAUGCACACCCCCCGCUCCCCCCCGGGACAUGACGCGGGGUCUCUCCAUCCAACAGCAGACACACCUCACAUCAAUUCUGACUACUAUGCAUGCGUACGUACGAGAUAGAAACACCUAUGUACUAUCACCGCCGUCGGCUCUCGUCGCUCAUGCAUGCAGCGCUCUGUGGUUCUGCUGCGCCAGCCGCCACAUGCCUUAGUAGCCGCAAUUUACCACUGCGCGAACGUGCCUGCCUCAAGGCCUUCCGUCAUGGUCGGACCGGAGAGGCGUCGGCCGCGCUGGGUAUCGGCGCUUGGCGGCAUGGCAGAGCUCUUGUGCUCAGACUGCGCUCGGACGAUCGUCGACGACGGCUGGAAGUGCGUGCGGUAUAGGUACCCACCUCCGAGCCCGU